ACACUUUGACGAAUCAAACCAAAAGACCAAAACCAAAUUGACCUCAGUACUGUAGAACACUGCGACUCUUCACACUUUUCUUCUUCCCUUCGUCUUCAGCUUCUGCUUCUUCUCUUGUUGCUGCUUCAAAACAGUGAGAAAAAUAUGGGGUUCUCCUCCUUUCUGGGUCGCGUCCUCUUUGCUUCCCUCUUCAUCCUCUCAGCAUGGCAGAUGUUUAAUGAAUUUGAUGACACUGGUGGACCCAUUGCAAAGGAGUUGAUUCCCAAGUUCACUGUUCUGAAGAGAAAUUUAUCCUCCAAACUGGGGGUAAAGACACCAGAUAUUAAUGUGCGGUCAGUCAUUGCCUCUAUCAUAUUUCUAAAGGGGGUUGGAGGAAUUCUAUUCGUGCUUGGCAGUACAUUUGGAUCUUAUCUUCUGCUCUUGUAUCUGGGGCUUUCUACUCCAAUUCUAUAUGAUUUUUACAACUAUAGAUCUAAUAACCCUGAAUACUAUUUACUGCUGAAUGAUUUCAUUCAGAGCACAGCACUUUGUGGUGCAUUGCUAUUUUUUAUAGAGAUGAAGUACUCGAUUACCAGAAGACAAAUCAGGAAGAAGACCCCAAAAGCAAAGACAAUUUAGAGAUUAGAAAGAAUUGUGUAUCUGUUUUCAGUGAAAAGGUUAUUAAAUUUCUUUGUUGUUGUGUUAUGGAAUUAUUGCUUAAACCUUUUUGCAUUGAUGAUUUUUGUAUGUUGGCACAUAAUUUGAUUAUGAAUAUGCUUAAUCAUUCUCAUACCAUUCUGUUGUACUUGCACUAAGAAUAGCUAUUAACAGAAGCUUUGGUUAAAUUUGAAAUACAAUAAAAUAUGAUAUAUACAAGUGUGUACUUCCGA